AUGUCGGAUUUCCUUGACGAGUAUGAGAGGCUUAGUCACAUGACUGAGAUCCCUGUCUCCGAUGUGGCCGAAGAAGGACAUUUUAUUCCACAUCACCCCGUCUUCAAGCGUGACAGCCAUACAACAAAAUUGCGAGUUGUUUUCAACGCUUCAUCAAAGAGCAGUACUGGCGUUUCGCUCAACGAUGUACUUCUCGCUGGUCCGACCCUGCAGGAGGACUUGUUCUCCAUCGUCACUCCAUCGUUACCAUCGAGAUUUCGAACCCACCGAUAUGUACUGAGUGCCGACAUUGAGAAAAUGUAUAGGCAGGUUAAGGUACACCCCGAGGACGGCAAAUAUCAAAUGAUUGUAUGGCGUAGAAGUACAGAGGAUCCGAUCAAAAUAUACAUUUUGAACACGGCAACUUAUGGUACCGUGCCGGCUUCAUUUCUCGUCGUUCGAUCGUUGCUGCAGUUGUCUGAGGACGAGCGAAGGCGUUUUCCCCUGGCUUGCAGGGUUCUUCUUGAAGACUUCUACAUGGACGAUGCUUUCACCGGUGCAUCGAAACUGGACCAGGCUCGAGAAUUGCGUGAUGAGCUUAUCGGGUUGCUGGCUUGUGGUGGCUUCCAUCUGCGCAAAUGGUGUUCAAACGAACCAAGUCUUUUGGAGCCACUACUGGAUCAAUCCUUGGACCUUCACAUUUGUUUGAGCGAGUCUGAAACUCAGAAGACCCUCGGUAUUCCCUGGCAUCCCCGUGAAGACCAUUUAAUUCACGUCGUAAAAUCGUUUACCGAGCACCAGCGAAUGACGAAGAGAACCAUGCUUUCCCAGGUUGCCUCACUCUUCGAUCCACUUGGACUGGUUGGUCCUGUUAUCGUGAAGGUGAAGAUUAUGCUGCAGCGGCUGUGGGAGGAUAAGCUGGAUUGGGAUGAAUCCGUUCCUGUGGACAUCGCUACCUCCUGGAGCAAAUACAGGGAGCAAGUCGAGCUCCUAAAUAACUUCAUCGUUCCUCGUCAAGUCACAACAGAGAAUGUAAUCAAUGUCCAGUUACAUGGUUUCUGCGAUGCAAGCGAAAGGGCUUAUGGAGCAGUGCUAUAUCUGAGAUCUACUACUUCUUCGGGGAUCCACAUUGUUCGGUUGAUUUUUUCCAAAACGCGGGUAGCGCCAAUCAAGAAAGUAACUUUACCGCGGCUUGAAUUGAGCGCGGCGGAUCUCCUUGGUAAAUUGCGCGGAGCCACUAUCAAGUCACUUAGAAUUGAGAUAGAUGAAGAGUUCUUUUGGUCGGACUCUACGAUCGCGCUCCAUUGGAUCCAAACUUCACCACACAAAUUGAAGACCUUUGUUGCGAACCGAGUUUCGCACAUUCAGGAGAACACGCAGCAUGGAAAGUGGAGACACGUGCCGUCUCAGGACAAUCCCGCAGAUGCGUUGUCAAGAGGACAGUUUUCCCGCGAAUUUGUCAACAACCCCAUUUAG